AUGCUUUGUGAUUCUGAUGGUGGUAAUGAGCUAUUGAAGAAACGUAGUGUUCAUGACCCUCGUAUUCAACAUCAGUGUAUGACUUUACGUGAGAAGGCAUUAAAUCCAGGAAAGCCAGUAGAACUUUCUUAUGAAGAUAAACGAGCAUUGCUUCAAAUGUUGGAGCCACCAAAACAUCUUUUAGAAAAAUCAAAGCAUGUAAUAUCUACAAUGAAAGGGGAAUUCUCUCUACAAUUACAAACAAAUAAAUCUGUUUCUUUCCAAAAUUCGGAUGGAAACGUUGCUACAACUGCUGAAAAUCAAAUAGAAGUUUCUCAAACUACUGGAGAUAAUGUUAACCGUCUUAAACCAAUUUUAAAUGCACUUAUUGAGGAAAAGAAAAAAUUGGAAAAUGAGAGACAGAGAAUACAAUAUGAGGAAGUUGACAACGAAACUAUAUAA